AUGGGCUGGUUCUCGGGAAAUAGUCAGAAUGAUCCUGUCCAGAAGCUCGAUCCAGGGCUUCGGGACUAUCUCGAGCAGGAAAAACCCGAUAAAUAUGUCCCCGGUCCCAAUGUGAAGCCGCCGUCGACCCCCGAACAAUCGCCCGAGCCUUCUGAUCCCUCAAAACCCAAAGUUCCGUCAGCAUCGCUGUAUCAGGAUGGCCGCUAUGCCGAUUUAUGGAAAACCUACAAGCCGCCUACGGUGGAUGACGGAGAGCAAGUCGGAAUCCGCGGGGCCUCACGAGUGAUCGAAAAACACAAGGAGCACGGAGACACCGUGCAACGAGCAGCAAUGGAGAAUUGUGCUCUUGAGCAUGAAGCCUUGACCUACUGCUUCCAGACUGGCAACUGGCGCAAACAAAUAGAGGCUCGGUUGACCCUGUGCUCUGCUGAGAACAGCACCUUCUCCCGAUGUUUUAUGACCCAGACCAAAUUCCUCCAAGCCCUCGGCUAUGCAGCUAGCUUCGAGCAAGACGCCGAAAAGGAGGAGCGCAUUCAGCUGCAUGCCGAUAAGCUCUACCACCAGAUGCUCGACUACGAGAAACGAAUUGAAGAAGCCAAGUCUGCCGGCAUUGAGCCGCCACCUCUUGCGUCGCUUUUCCACCCCGAGAAGCAAUCAAAUGUUCAACAAAGCCAAGGGAUUGAGAUUCCGGGAGGAGAAGCCAUUCCAGCGGGCUUCAAGCCAUCCAAGCCCCUGCAAAAGCUCACACCCCACGAACGGGAAUUGGAGAUCAGGGCCCACAAUGCACAACUCGAGCAACAGAGGUUAUAUGUGGAGGAAGCUACGCCGUUCAUGAAAUCCCAGGAUGAUGCUCGACAAAAGCGACAAGAGAAGGCUGUCAGCUGGUUUGGCGAGACCCUUGGAAAAUGGAUGUCUUAG